AUGAAGAAGAAGGCUUGGAAGAAAAGUUGUUCCAACAAAAGCAGUCUGCCACUGGCUUUACUACUACUGCUGCUUUGUCUUGGAGCAAACAUACUUGUAGUACCUUCUUCAGCGGAAGCACAAGGAUUAUCACUGGUUUCAUUACUACCACCGUGUUCCAUUCCAUGCCUGGAGGAGAGCAUCAAACGUGUUACUGCAUGUGGAACAACUGAUCUCCAGUGUUGGACACGGGAAGAUAACAUGCGAAAAGUUAGGGUCGAUGCCGCAGGUUGUGUUAUUGGAGCUUGCGGUGCUGAAACCCAGAAAGUUAUAUCUUCGCUACAGCGUCUAUUAAACAAGGUGACGACGGCCACCCCGCCACCGCCACCGCCACCUCAGGCUUGA